AUGAGCGCCGACGAUGAUUACGAAAUCGAGGUGCCGCAGCUGGCCGACGACGACCCGAUGAAGGCUUUUUUGCCUACGGCAUUUGGCAAGAAGUCGGGGGGCCCGGACAUUGCAGCUCAGAUUGAGCGCAGCCGGAGAGUCGUACCUACCGAGGACAAGAAGCCCAAGGACGACAAGGCCAGCGAUGAUUCCGACUCGGACUCGGACUCCGACUCGGGCGACGAGUACCCCGUGACCCACGAGCUGAUUCUGAAAACCCACGAGCGAGCCGUCACAACGAUAUCUCUUGAUCCUGCAGGUGGGCGGCUGGUGACCGGGUCACUAGAUGGCAAGACGAACUUGCACGACUUUGCGUCCAUGACGCCCACCACUCUGCGAGCGUUUCGCUCGGUAGACCCCUUUGCUGGGAAGCCGUCUGAUGUGGCCGAAUCGCAUGCGAUACACCAGGUGCAGUUCAAUCCCCUAGGGGGCAGCGUAUUCCUGUGUAUAUCAGCACACCCGCAGGCCAAGAUCAUAUCGAGAGACGGCGAUAUCGUAACAGAGUUUGUCAAGGGCGACAUGUACCUGCGAGACAUGCACAACACCAAGGGUCAUAUCUCAGAGGUUACAUCGGGCACGUGGCAUCCUACGAACAAGAACAUAUGUGUUACCGCGGGCACAGACAGCACGCUGCGUAUAUGGGACAUCAACAAUAAGCGCUCCCAGAAGGAGGUUGUGGUAUUCAAGUCAAAAGCCGCCGGUUCGGCCGGGAGAACGAAAAUGACUGCCGUUGCGUGGAGCGGAGCGGGCCAGGCAGGUAACAUGCUCGUCGCCGCAGCCUUGGACGGAUCACUCGUGAUGUACGGGGGUAAUGGGCCAUUCAACCGCCCAGCUGGUGAGAUUCGCGACGCGCACAAACCUCAGGACUGGACUGGUGGGCUUGACAUUUCUUCUGAUGGCCGUAUGGUAGUCACACGCGGAGGCGACGACACGAUCAAGCUGUGGGACACGCGAAAGUUCAAGCAACCGCUCGUAUCCGUCGCGCACACGUCAACGUCAGACCACUACCCGACCAGCAACAUCCGCUACGCCCCCGACUCGACGAGCAUUUUGACGGGGUCAGAGACAGGACACCUGCACAUCCUGAACCCGGGCAACCUCCGCCCAGAACUAGUCACGCCUGUCACUCCAGGCUCUCCCCUUAUUGCUGUGGACUGGCAUCCCAAGAUUAACCAGAUUCUGACAGGGUCGGCGAACGGCGAGACACGAGUGCUCUACAGCCCCAAAAGGUCAAGUCGCGGUGCUUACGAGGUGAUUACGCGUGCGCCCAAGAAAAGGCAUGUCGACGACAAUCCCGACUUCACCAUGGAUCAAACUCUCGGUAUCUCUGGUGAUGCCAUCAUCACUCCUGGCGCGAUGCCCGGUAUGAAGAACAGGGCAGCAGGGAAGGGCAAAGACCCUAUGCGACCAGAACAGCCACUCCAGACUCCGUUUCAGAAGAGCCAGCCCGAUGAGAGGCACAUUGCGGAGAACAUUCCUCUCGCACGCAUGCUGCAUGAGGAUCCGCGCGAAGCUUUGUUGAAGUAUGCUGACAAGGCUCAGAGUGAUCCGCUGUUCACAAAAGCUUACAACAAAACCCAACCUCAAACGCAGUUUGCGGACUUUAGUGAUGAAGAGGAGGGUCCAGAGAAGAAAAAGGCCAGGAGGUGA